AUGCCCGCGAGGACGAUCGUGCACUGCAGCUCCAUGCUCUCGGUAUAUGCCCGGAAAGGGCAUUUGCGGAAGAUGGAGAAACUCUACGAGCAAAUGCCCGAGUGGGAUGCGAUGUCGCAAGCGUUGUUGGUAUGUCGCUACGCGCAGCUGGGCUACGUUGACAAGGCGAAGGAGAUGUUCGAGGCAAUGGAAGAGAAGGACGUGGUUGCUGCAAAUGCGAUUAUCACAGCACUUUCCCGAAAGGGGGAUUUGGAUCACGCGAGAGAGGUGUUUGACGCGAUGGCGGAGGAGGAUCGCACGGAGGUGUCGUGGCUCGCGAUGAUCCAGGGCUACGCUCGCCACGGCGCACUGCGCAAGGCGGCGGAGCUUCUCAAGUCGAUGCCGCGGCCACACAAGGGCGCGGCGGCUCACAACGCGCUCAUCACAGCAUUUGCCGAGAAGGGGCAUCUUGUGGGCGCCAAGAAGACAUUCGAUUCCAUGGCGGCGGACGAGCAGGACGUGGUGUCGUGGACGGCCAUGAUGGCGGCGUACGCCCAGAGCGGACGGCUGGAUGAGGCCGUGGCGGUGUUCGAGGAUAUGCCAUGGCGGGACGUGGCGGCGUGGAACGCAGCGGUGGCGGCGCUGGCGCACUGCGGGCGAGGGAAGGAAUCGGUGGAGAAGUUCCAGCGGAUGAUCCAGGAGGGAGUGGCGGCGGACGAGAUCUCCUUCGUCAGCGUGCUCACGGGAUGCAGCCGCGAGGGAUUGCUGGCCAGUGGGCGAGAGAUCUUCACGUCCAUGAGCGCCGAUUUCGCGAUCCAGCCCGGGAGGGAUCACUACGGGUGCAUGGUGGAUCUUCUUGGGCGAUCGGGGGAGCUCGCGGACGCGGAAGAUCUCAUGGGAUCGAUGCCCUUCGUCCCCGAGAUCGUGACAUGGAUGGCGCUGCUGGGCGCUUGCAAGAAUCAUCGCAGCGAAGAGAUUGGCGCGCGGAUCGCUCACCGGAUCAUCGAGCUGGACGCCGCGAAUCCCACCACGUACGUGCUGCUCGCGGGGCUCUACGCGUCGAUCGGCAAGCGCGAGAAGGCCGAGGCUGUGAGAGAAGAGAUGAGGAAGAACAAGAAGGGUAGCAGCGCCACCGCCGUGGCUGUCAUCGAGAUCGAUGGGAAGCAGCAUCGAUUGGUUGCUGGGGAGUGGCGAUCGCAUCCUCGCAGCGGCGAGAUCGAGGCGGAAUUGGAGCGGCUGGAGAGAUCGAUCCAGGAGGCCGGAUACAAGCCCGAUGAUUUGCAGCUGGGCGAAGAAGAGGGCGUCGCAUCUUCGCAUCACAGUGAGAGGCUCGCGAUCGCGCUGGGGAUGAUCGCGACGCCCAGCGCCACGACGUUGCGGAUCGUCAAGAAUGUGCGCGUCUGCGCUGAUUGCCACGCCGCCGCGAAGAUCAUCGCGAGGAUCUCUGGCAGGAAGAUCGUGAUUGGAUCAAUUCACUCGGCGUCAGUUCUUGCGGAUCUGGCCGCUGGUACCCGUGCAUCUUCACCAUGCUUUGGACGAAAUCCGCGUCUUGAUCGUCGCGGUAGCUGUCUUGUCGCACAGUUUCACGAUCCACAACAGAGCCACUAG